GCACAGAAUUUUUUUUGUAGACAAGUUUUAAGUUUACACCGCUCUAAUUUCCUCAGUUGCAAUUUUCAGGCGGGAAAUUGAAAAGAAAAAGUGAUAUUAAAACUUUAAGAAUUAAUUCGUCAUAAGGUAUUAACAUACACGCAGCAAUGGAUCACUCUGGAUUUAGAAAAAACAAUCAAAAGAACUUUGUAAUUAGCUCUAAAGUACCUGAUGUAACGAAAGAAAAACCGUGUUGGCUUGGAAUAGAUGAAGCUGGGAGAGGCCCGGUUCUAGGGCCAAUGGUUUAUGGAACAUGUUAUAGUCCUCUUGAAGAGAAAGAUCAUUUGAAACAUCUUGGCUUGGCAGAUUCAAAAACCUUAACAGAAGAAAAGAGAGAGAGUAUUCUGGAAAAAAUGACAACUGAUUCUGUUGACAAGAUAGGCUGGAUGGUUCAUAUUCUUUCUCCAACUUUUAUUUCUAACAGUAUGUUGAAAAGAACAAAGUACAACCUCAAUGCUCUUUCCCAUGACAGUGCUAUUGGAUUAAUUACAAAAGUUUUGGCACUUGGAGUCAAUGUUACUGAAGUUGACUACCAGCAGAAGCUAGAGAAACAGUUCCCUGGUAUAGACAUUACUGUUGCAAAGAAAGCUGAUGCCACAUAUUCAAUAGUUAGUGGUGCCAGUAUAUUUGCUAAGGUUGCACGUGAUCGAAUACUGAAGGAUUGGGAGUUUGUGGAAGGUAUUGAUAUUUCUGCUGCUGAGUGUGGUUCUGGUUACCCAAAUGAUCCACUCACCAAGAAGUUUUUAAGACAUCACAUGGACAAAGUGUUUGGUUUCCCACAAAUUGUACGCUUCAGUUGGUCUACAGCAUCAAGUAUUUUGGAUAAAGAUGCAGCACUGGUUGAAUGGGAAGACGAUGAUGAAGCAGACGACAAGGAAAAUCCUGGAGCUGGGUCAGCCUCGUUGCUUACAUUUUUCUCUCCCAAAGCAGAUAAAGGACUCAAACAUAAACGGCAUAGAUUCUUUACAGAGAGAAAUCUGUAUUCUGUUUCUCAACUCUAGCUGAUGUACAUUUUAGUUUAAACUAUUUUCUUCUUGGUAUUAUUAUUAAAAAACAAAAAUAAUUUUUUUUUUUUGUAUUCAAUAAACCUCCUUUACUCUUAAA